UGCGCCGGGACAGGACAGGACAGAUCGGUGCUGUGAGGAGCCCCCACACAGCGCACUGGUUCACUGCUGACCCAUAGUUUUUCCUUGACCUUACUGCUGCAGGUGACCUCGAGGCCAGACCAGAGGACUUGGUGGCCUGUGGCCUUCUCGGGAUUUUUCUUCUCUAGGACCUCUUGAGUGCAGACCACGGGACUUUGUGACUUGGAGCUUUUCCAAGGCAUCUCCCAUUUUUGCGGCCUGUGCCCUUGAGGCCAGACCGUUGGACUUGUCAUCUCAAAGCUCUUCCAAAGCCUCUCUCUUGCAGGUGCCCUCAACACCGGAUUUUGGGAGAAUGGCAGAGAAACGCCAAGGCUUGUUCAGUAGGAAGAAGAGCAAAGACUCUUCAGCUGCCCCAGCAAAGCAGCGUAAGGUGGCAAAACAGUUCCAGCCACUGCAGGACAAUGCAGGGAAGAAGCCGGAACCCGGUCGUGGUAGCUUCAGCCAAUCACUGAAGAAUUUCAUUAUGUGUGGAAAGGCCGCAGAAAAGGAGGAUACAAACAAAUUUGGCUACAGGCCAACUGAUCUUAGCACAGCAUCAAUUGAAUGCGCAGAAAUGAGUAAUUACGUAGUGAAGGCUGACCAGGUGCCAGAAAUGGUGAGGAUUAUGCAUCAGAGGCUUGCAUCCCCUGAGACUGCUGAUGUCAGACUAUUCAUGAACAUUCUGAGGAUGGCUGAAGAACACCCUACUGGUGUGGUGCUGACCCUCCUGCGCUGUGCCCCAACGUGUGACAGAGCUGCUGUAAUGAUGUGGAGAACUAUAGGCUCGUCGAGUCCCACAGUGGAGAAAGUGCUGCCAACACUGAUCUGUGUAAUGGAGGAUUGGCCUGUGCACAGCAUGUUCACGUCUGAUGGGGAUGACACAGAUGUUUUUGCCCUGGCUGCAACUCUGGUGCUCUGGGUGAUUAUCCAGGUGCCCAAGUGCCAAGAGGCAACGCACAAUUAUGCCCCCCACCUGCUUGUGGCUCUGGUAGUUCAAAUUUGUGACAGCACCGUGCAUUCUUCUGAGGAGGUUGACACCUUUUGGAAGCAAUGCCAGGAAGAACACCACCUUAACACAAACCCCAGCAGGUUUGCAGUGCAGACUAUGAAGGCUCUGCUCUGCCGACUGCGGUGCGACAAUGUGGUCAUGGAAAUGGGACGCAAGCAUGGCUGGGACACGCUGCUGUGUGCUGACACCCAGCACUAUGCCGUGGGUCUGCUGGCCAGGGUGAUGCGCCGUGACUUCGUCCCCUUGUGUUCUCGCAUCGCACUCCACCUGCUUGGGCUGCUCAGCAUGGAAGGGCAUCGCUGGGAUCUGCCCUUCCUGGCAUUCCUUGUGGAGGUCCUCGAGUGCCUGGACUUGAAGGAAUGCAGUGACAGCGUGCUGGAGAUCAUGUCAAGGUACCUGCAGAACGAGUGCAGGGAGCGGCGUCGCUUGGCGCUCAGAGGCCUCGUGGUGCUCAGCAAGGAUCCCUCGAUGGCCAGGAGAAUGGGCACCGUGUCUCAACGGCUUGUGGAUGUGCUGGGUGAUGCAGAUGGAGAGGUGGUCAGGAUGUCCCUCUCUGUCUUCAUGAAUGUUCUCCAGUACAAGAAUAUCCUGGUAUCCAGCACCACUGCCCCAAAGCUAGCUGAGGCACUCCUACCACUCUUUGACCACGACAACAGUCACGUGCAGCUGCUCUCCAUUCAACUUUUUGAAAAGGUGAUGGACUUAGUAGUGGAUGAGGGGAAAAAGCCCCUGAAGAGAAUUGUGAGCCAGAGCCUGCUCCCACUCUUCUUGCACUGCCAUGAGGAGAACCAGCGUGUGGCAGAGGCCUCUAUGAAAACGCUGCAUUGUGCGACCGGGUUCCUGAAGAAGAGGGGUCUGAAGCAGCUGGUAAAGAAGGAGAAGCUACCAAAGUUUGGCAAGUGCCUGCUGGCAGAGGACACGAGCCGAGCGGCCGAGCAGCUGCGCCGGGCCCUGCCCUACCUGGAGAGCCCACAGGAGUCCCUGCGAGAGGCGGCCAUCAGGUUCAUGGGGAUGGCCGGGCGGCACCUGAGGGGACAGCCAGCAGAGCUUCACGUUCUCAGUCAGGCCCUUGAAGCCAUGAGCAAAGAUGACAGCCCAUCCUCCACUAAUCUGGAAAUUCAGGCAAUUUUUGGACAAAGAUCUGCAGAACUAAGGUCAUCUGCUGGACUCAGAGAACCAGGGUCCCAAGAACACUAUCAGGAGACUGUGAAGAGACCACCACCACUCAAUGUCACUGGAGCUCCCGGCACAGCUGAUGCUGGCCAUAGCUGAGCCUGUGGGAGGCUCCCAUAGCUCCUGCCUUCUCCCUCCCUGUUGAGAGUUCCCUCCCUCCAGCCCUCAGACCCUCCCCACCCCUUUUUUUUGCCCCCAUCUCAUCCCUUCACUUUCCCUUCCAUUAAUAAACAGUUUGGUUUUCCCCCCUUA